AUGGCUGAUCGGAGUUUGGCAGUUGUGAAGCCGGUAUGGAUGAAACAAGCUGAGGAAGCUAAGAUCAAAAGCGAAGCUGAGAAAGACACGGCGGCAAAAGCUGCUUUCGAAGCAAGUUGUAAGGGUUUGGAGAUGGCUCAUAAGCCGAUUGGGCCUGUGGAUCCUUCGAAGUGCACUGCUGCUGGUACUGGAAUUGCUGGAGGAACGGCUUGUGCUGCUUCUUCGUUCGGUGUGGUGACCAAAGAUUCCGAUGAGAGGAAGGUUUUGACGGGUGGUGCUCAGAUCAAGGUGAAAGUGACACCGGGUUUGGGUGUUGGAGGGUCUGAUCAAGAAGGGAUUGUGAAGGAUAUGGGGGAUGGAAUUUAUACGGUUAUUUAUGGGUUAAUAUCCACUCCAUUUCUUUGUUCCUCCAUUUUCUCCUUUACUAUAUGCAUUUCUAUGACAUGUGACAUAUAA